AUGAACUAUGAUAUUAGUACAAAUUACAAUUUUUCUGUUAAAAAUGUAAAUUUUUUUAAAAAUGCAUUAUCUUUGUUAAAUGUUGAUGAUAAUAAAUAUAACUCAAAUUUUAAAAAAGGUACAGAUAAUUUCCUUGAAGGAGAAAAUUUAAUUUUAUUUAAUUUGUAUUAUGAUGGUAUUAAACUUAGAAGUUUAUCAAAAUGUAAACAAAUAUAUUGUUUUUUAUAUAUGGAUUCUAACUGUUUUACUAGUUAUAAUUUUUUUGAAAAAGAAGAAGAUGAAAAAAAAUACGAAGUCGAAUAUAAUAAAUAUGAAACAAACAGUGUUAAUUCAGAUAAUUUAUUUACUACACAUGUUAUUGAUGAUGAAAGGGAAGAUGUGGUUAAACUAAAAACAGUGUCUCCUUUAAAAAUGAAUUCUGUUCAAAAAAGUGAAAAUGAGGACGAAUAUAACAUAAGAAAAAAGAUAUACACUGAUGUAGAUGAAAAAAAAAACUAUAUUGAAUUUCUUGUCUCACCGUAUGAAUUAUUAAGAGCCUUAGAGUUUUUGGAUGCAGUAAUAUUAAAUAUUAAAUUCGAUUAUUCUAAUAAAAAAUUAAUUUUGCAAUUAACUGAUGAAGAUGGUGAUACAUCUGAAACAUUUAUCAAAAUUAUUGUAGACUAUUAUUAUGAAAUAUAUAAAUUAGAAAAAUACAGUUUUUUAAAUAACAAUUAUAAUUAUUUUUCUCUACAAUCCGAGAUAUUCUCCUUUUAUCUAGAAUAUUUAAUUAAAUGCAAUGAUCAAUACAUUACAUUUUACAUAAAUGAAUAUGCAAAUGAUAACACUUCUAUACUUAAAAUGGAAACAAAAAAUAAAAAUUAUGAAAGAGCUGUUCAACUUAUGCCAAAGGAGACUUUUGAUGAAUUUAAAAGUUUAAAAAAUCAAAUGUUUAAAUAUAGGAUAAAAGAUUUAUCAAAAAUUAAUCAAGCACUAAAAAUAAGUUCUCACCUUAGAAUGGAUUUUCAAGAAAAUGGAUUAUUAAGGUUUCAAUUCACCUUAAGAGAAUAUAAUUUGAACGGAACUCAUUUAUGCUAUUUUAUACAACCAUUACCUGAUUUUAAUACUUUAAAUGGGAAUGAAGUUUAA